UUGUAAGGCUCCCAAACCGCGGUAGCCUAGAGUUGGAGACGAAGCCUGAGCUUUAAUUCCAGGCUACGCUAAUGGCUGGUCGGAGAGCACGGUCAGUUGUCGGCCUUCUACUAGCAAUGGUGCUUUUGGCCUCACCGCGUGGGACGAAGGCGAUAACGUGCCCGCAGGUGUACGGGGAUUUGACCCCAUGCAUCCAGUACCUGCGAUCCGGCGGCGCGGUGGCACCGCAGUGCUGCAGCGGGGUGCGGUCGUUGCUGGCGGCGGCUCGCACGGUGACCGACCGCCGCACCGCCUGCAGGUGCAUCAAGACUGCAGCUGCCGGCCUCUCCGGGCUCGACAUCGGCCGGGCCAGUGCACUCCCGGGCAAGUGUGGUGUUUCCAUCCCUUACAAGAUCAGCCCCUCCACCGAUUGCUCGAAGAUCAAUUGAAGUGGAUGCUGCUCUGGUUUCUUUGAACGUGGGAGUAUAUUAUAAAUAGAAUAAAGUGGUUAAUUCGCGGAUGUGUGUGUGUGUGUGGGUCGGAGUCAUUCUCUUACUGCCGAGAGUGAUCCUUGUUUGGAGUUGUUGUAUAUAUAUAUAAUGGCCUAAUGGGUCAUACAACCUUGGUGUGAUUGUGCUCAUGAGGAUCGUUAUGUUAUCUGUGAUGAUGGUACUUAUUGUUACUAAAGAUGAUGUAGUAUAUAAAUAAACCUCGCUUUCGUUUAUGAUCA